CUCCUUCAGGACCUAAUUAACAAUUCAUUUCAGUCAAUGAUUAAUACAACUAGCUUUGAUCUUUUUACUCAAUCUAUUACUAAUAUACAUCAGCUUAUUAAAAAACUUCAGUAUAUGCAAAUUCAUAACUUAUCAAACUCUCUAUCUCUCUUAUUAACACUUUCUG